AUGGCAGAUAUGGUGCAGGGCAUUCUAGAGGACAUGGCCCCCGACCUAAUGAGCAUGAUUGAGCAUGAAAUCUUCACAGAAGCCCAAGUCACCGAAAUCAUAGACAAGAUCCGUGAGUUCGGGUACAAGCUUGCCCGAAGUGUCCCAUUAAAGCACCAUUUUUUGUCUGCCAUACAACAUGAGCUUAUAUUAGAAGAAAAAAGACUUGAAAGAAAACAAGAAUUAAACUUAAAGCCAGCUGCUUCUGAUAGAGCUAUUAUAAGGAAAAUCAUUAACCUUUUCCAGAGGUUUACAACUCGUUUCAAAGCAGACCCAGAUGCCUGAAAAGAGUUCAUAAACUUCUGUGUGAGGUCAAAAUCACACAGACAGUUAAGCAAGGUUAUAACAAAAGUUUUACAAUUGCACCCUACAAAUAUUGAUAUGUGGCUGAUUGCAAGGUAUAUUGAAGAGAAAAUUAAAAGUGAUGUGAUUCAGCAAGAGGGAUUAUGCAAAGAGAGGUGAGGUUUAAUAUGAAAAACGUACAAAUAUGGAAAGAGUAUAUGAAGUUUGAAGCGGAACAUGCAAAAGAAAGCGAAGUGCCGAAGAUUGUUUUAUGUCAAGGAAAAAGCCCAAGUCUUUUAUAGGAAACAUUUAGAAUUUGACUUAGGGUGUUAG